AUGUCUGAAAACAAUGAUACUGCUCUUACGCUGUCGGUUCCCAGAAUAAAGGACGUGAAGAGAAGACAUACCCUAUUGACUCCAAUAUCGUCACCUUCUAAUACUGACAUUCCGUUGAACAGUAAAACUUCUAAUAUGGUGGCUACCAGGCCAAAUAUGACAAGAGUAUAUAGUGUUUCAUCAGAAGUUGUGCCGCAAAUUUUAACACAUCCAGAUCCAGAAGACUCCAUACUGAAUAAGAAAACAAAAUCACAACUUGAUUCAAGUGCAAGAUGGUCUCAUGUGGGGUUCCAGUCAAUUUUUCAAAAUCCAAAUGGAACAGGCCAAAGAAGGUCUAUUGACAGUUUUAGUUCCAGAGAAUCAAGCAAUGCAUCAAGUAAUAAUCCAAAUUCCUCGUUCAGACAAAAGAGUGUCGAUUCAUUUGAUAGAAAAAGCCAUUUGAAAGUAGCUAAUACGUUUUCUAACGAGAGUCUCUAUACGUUAUUCUCCAAUUCAAGGGACAGGCUAAACAAGAGGAGAGAAAGAAAGAACUCUCUACUUAGUUUACCUUUGAGUAGUAGUAACAACAUGGCAAAAGGUAAUAAUCCUGCCAAUUUGGGUACAGAAGAUUCUUCCUACACCAAGCAAAAUAGACUGCUCAAAACUCGUUCAACAUCUCAUUCGCUCAAUACAUCUGGAUCUAUUGCAUCUUCUACCGCCAGUAGCACAGCAUCUAAGAAGAAGAAUCUCUUUCUCAAAAAGGUCACUAGUAAGAUUUUUCAAUCUAAUAAACAUGGAUUAUCUAGCACUGGGGUUGGAUCUAGAGGUAAGAAGGACAAAAAUAAGGAGCAAGUAGUGCCAAAUUCGCUAGGUAAAUUUUUACAUUCCUCUUUGAAUAAACAUAGAUCACCCGUACAAUUUAUUCAUAAUACUACUGGUGGUAUAAUAGAUUCAGGGAAAUCUGUUUAUUCAUUUAAUCCAUCAAUUUUGAAUAAUACAAACGAUUUUGCUUUGGCAAUAACACAACUUGAUGAUUCUAGUUAUGAUUCAACAAACAUUACAAUCUUACAUGAUUUAUUGAAAAAUCUGCCAUCUUUAGAAGAAAAUUAUAAAACUUUUAGCAUACAAGAAUUGCAUAUACUUUCAGGAAACGUUUGGGGUAUCUACUGUAGCAUAGUGAUUGAACUAUUCAAGAAUCAAAGAAUUUGGCAAUUACCUGCAAAAAUCGAAGAUAUCAAUAGAUUAUUAGAAUUUUAUAUUACACUGAAGCACAAUUCUAAGAUAGCUUCAGUGUCCUCAAACGUUAAAUUCAUCAACGAAUUAGAGGAAUUCAUUACAACGUCGUUGUACGUUUUUGAAAAUCAAAUAGUUUUUAACUACACUAACGAAGAGACUAUAAAUACUGCUUUGAAAAGAUUGGGUAUUAUAUGGCAGGUGUUUUUCCAACAAGUCUAUUAUGAUAUCAUUGCCGUCUUGCUACCUCUAGAAAGAUGGUUUGAAUUGAAACAGACAUCUCAUAACCGGCAUAAGACCCAUAAUUAUACGAACCACCAUCAUAAGGGACAUUCAUACCUUAGUUCGCAUGGCUCAAGCACAAGCGCUCUUCCGAAUGUUAAGAAGACAGUUAGUAAUACAAGCUUAAAUGGCGACGUGGACUCUAAUCCAAUCAUGUCGAUAGAUUAUUUACUCUUAAAAUGUUUCCGCGAUUCCAUCGUUCUCCCGUACUAUCAGAACUUCAUUCAUAGUCAUGAUGGUGCCAGUAAAUCGUUUCAAAUGUACAUUUUAAGCGAAGAAGAAGAAAAUGAUGUUACCGAACAAGAUAAGAUGACCCUAUUACAAUGUUUUGGUAUAUUGAGCACGAUUCAUGGUGAUGACAGGAAUCAACAAAUCAUGGAAGAGCUUCUGGAAGGUGUUAGGAUGAGUUUUUAA